AUGUAUACCUUUGAAAUGAUACAAAUCUCUUAAAAGAACAAAAACUUUCUGAAAUUCACUUGUAAGGCUUUAAUAUGGGACAUUUAACUUAAUUAAAUAAAACAAAAAAUAUUUCAGCAUAAUAAAUCGAAUUUAAAAUUUAGACCAUAUUCCCUAUUUAAAUACUAUAUUUGCUAAUAUAGAAUAAGUUUAGCAUUUACAAAAACUAAAAAGUUCUUUUAAGAGAAAAUAAUUUAGAUGAAAAUUUUGAAAUUCAGUUAAUUUAACUCGAAAUUUUAGAUGGAUCAAAUAAUUAUCUAGAAUAAACUACCAAAUAAAUUAUCCAAUUAAUUGCCUUUGACCAUUUUUGCUAAUUCUUAUGAAAAUGAUAACAGGAGAUAUAAAAAGUGA